AUGAGAGUAACUCUCUUUCUACUCUUAUUUGCUGGUAGCAACGCCGCAAGCAACAUUGUAGAAAAGAUUGACAAAGCAUUGAGCGAUUUACCCACGACACUGAACAAGGCUGAGCUUCUCGCCAAUUAUGAAAGGAUUCACGCACAUGAAGAAGAGACCGAGAAUGAACUUCGGCUGAGCCCACAACAACAGGAAACCGUGCAGUAUCUCGAAGCGGAAGCAGCAGCAUUACACCGAAACGAACAACUAGAAAGUGAAGGUAUGCACACAUCUAUCGAGGAUAUCAACAUGCAGUCACCAUUGGGAGAGCUUUUGUAUCAGAGCGACAUUGUCCUGAGCACUGAACAAGCCGAAGAUAUUGCCGCAGCAGGAGAAAAGAAUCAAACAAGCAGAACUAAGCGUCAGUCAAUGAAUUUCAAAGUGCACCCGAAAUCCAAGUGGCCAGAUAACACAGUGUUUUACUCAUACAACAUUAGAUUAGAACCUGAAACAAGGGAAGUUUUCCAAAAAGCGGCAAUGGAAUGGCAGAGCCAAAGUUGUAUCAAAUUCGUUGAGAAUCCUAGCGUCGAAAACCGCGUUCUGCUGGUAGAAGAGGGUGGCUGCUUCUCGAACGUAGGGCACUUGGGCAGAGUGCAAAAGCUUUCCCUGGGAAUGGGAUGCGAUACGAUUGGUAUCGCCGCGCAUGAGCUUGGCCAUAUAAUGGGAAUGUGGCAUACACAAUCGCGAACUGAUCGGGACGAUUACGUCUUCAUCGAUACAACAAAAGUUCACAAAACUUACAUGAGCGAGUUCAAGAUUUAUGAACCAGAUAUGAGUGAGCUUUACGACGUUCCUUACGAUUAUGGAAGCAUCAUGCACUACUCUGCUAGAAGCUUUGUUUACGAUAAGCGUAACAAGAGCCACUACACUGUGGUGCCCCAUGAUAUCAGAUAUACUGAUACGCUAGGCUCACAUAUUAUUUCUUUCUACGAUAUAUUCCAUUUGAACAGGAUGUACGACUGUCUAGACAAAUGUAAAGGAAAGCAACGCUCAUCCGGAAAGACGAGAGUCAAGCGACAGAUGGGGAGAUACUUCAUGGGUUCGGGUUCAUCCAUUGGCGGCAGGACCUCAAGCAUCUCUCGUGGCAGCAUAAUUGGCGGCUCAAGUGGUAGACGUCCAGGAGCUGAAGGCGGUUCAAACGGUGCUGCAGGCAUAGCCGGCAUAAGAGGUGGUGGUGAACUUCCAGGACUUCACGGCGACACAAGACUCCCAGGGGAAAGGGGCUCAAGCACCGGAGGCAAGACGGCCUGGUGGAACCUACCCAGUGUAAUUGGCGGCAUGCUUCCCGACUGGAUAUUCAAUAUCGGUGCAAACUGGGACUGGGACUAUACAGUUUUACCACCCACUACAACAACAACCACAAGCCGCCCAGCCACAACAACGUCCAGACCAAAGACAACCACACGCCCCCCAUCUACGACUACGACUAGACCGAUAACCACCUCGACCAAACCCAGAGUAUCUACUACAACUACCACAACUACCACACCCACCACAACUACCACGACUGCGCCUGUCGCGCCCGGCCCCUCCGGCCCACGUGUGGAACCAGUUUACGAGAGGGGAAAUUGCGAAAAUGGUGGAUACCCAAAUCCUAAAGAUUGCUCUAAAUGCGUCUGCCCAUCUGGAUAUGGAGGCAGACUAUGUAAUGAAAGGCCAGCAGGAGCAGGCAAAGUACUGCAAGCCAACAGCAAUGUCCAAAUUCUUAAAGAUACGAUUGGUUACAAGGAUGUAAAUGGGCUAUAUUUUUCGAAAAAAGACUUUAAGUGGGCUCACUACUGGAUACAGGCUCCUCAAGGAAGAAAAGUCGAGAUUACCGUUGGUGAUUUUUCGAACGCCCUUAAAAAGGACCUGAACGAGGACGGAGGAUGCACCUUUGCCGGUGUUGAAAUCAAAACACAAAAAGAUCAGCGUUUGACCGGAUAUAGAUACUGCUCCCCUUCAUUUGCUGGACAGGUAUUCGUAUCAGAGAGCAACCUUGUGCCUGUCAUGGUAUAUAGCAGAACCUUCGAGAUUACGGCAAUUCUUCAGUACCGCAUGAUUUGA